UACUGUUGCGCUUGCGCUUCUGACAGGGAGGCGAGACGGUGUGCUAGUGGGGCGAUCGGCGCCCGAAGGAUUUGACAAGAACCCGGAGACUGAGAAGUCAGUAUAGGUGUCCGGGACACCACGAAGCCACGUCGCCAACUCUCCCGGCCAUGAUAGCCGGGGGUGUUCUGAGCGAUGUACUUCUUCUUCACUUGGCCUAAAAUGAACGCCAGUGCAGCGGACAGCGGUGGAGGAGUUGGAGUCUCAGAGGUGCUCACUGUGGAAGGAAGCGGGUUCACCGUCGAUACUCCAGCGCCGGGCUUUGCGGCCAGGUCGCAGCUUCCUUAUCACGACAGGCGCAAGUUGCGCGGGGCAAGAGACGCUGCGAGACUGGGCUACAUCGGUGACGAAGAGAACAACAAGAGACGACGCGGCUCGACUUCCUCGGACCGAGACCGGGACGCGGCCUCCUCUUCGGUGGCACCUUUGGCAGAUCCCGUAGCGGCUUCGACAGUUGUUCUGCCCCGGUACUCCACCACAGACGCCUCCACAACCGGCUCCACAUCCAUGCCCCCACCAGCUGAACCACCCGUUCCAAGUCUGUCUCCUCGUGGGUGUACCGUUGUAGACCGGGCUCUGUCCCAGGCCUUUCCUCCUGCCCCGCCCGAUUCACCAAGCGUCAAACAGGCUCCCAGUUCUGAAUUGGAUCCGGCCUGUGCAUCUGUUGGUUCUCUUUCGUCAGCUCUUUCGGUGCCUAGUCGGCACCAGUGUGCUCCACAUUCGAUCGCAAGAACAGCACAGACGCAGCAUAGUGAAGAUCGUGUCAAUGUAGCGUUGACUCGGCCUCGAAAUCCGGGGAGAAAGGCCGCCCCUGGCCGGGUCAGACUCUACAGAGUGCGCUCCUUUUUGAGCGAUGCACUCCGGGAGAAAUGCCCGGGUACGAUCACCCAGUCUGGCUCGUUGCUGCAUGGAGUCCCAGAAAAGAGAGAUUACGGGCGAGCGGAAGGAUUCUCCAGCAGCACAAACGGAUUCAGGACUGGGUUGGGUAUGCCACUUACAGAAGAGCAGUGCCACUUGGAUACCGGUACUCGAGAAGCCGCGGGCAAGCUGGCGGAGUUGGAAAAUCGGGCGUUGCGGAUCUGCAAGAGACUGCAGGUAGUCCAAGCCAAGCAAGUGGAGAGACAUGUGCUGCAGCAGCUCAAGGGACUGGUAACCAGUGUGUUACGCGGGGAGCGGAGCCUGCUUGCAGCGGGGGUGACAACACCCAGAGGAUCCAGCCACGGCCCUGGGCCACAGCGUUUGGAUCUAGCAGAGGUGGACCGGCUGGUGGACAGCUCCGUGUGUACUCUAAGAAACGCUGAAUCGGCCUUCGACUCGGAUGCCACAGCUAGUAGCUCGGGGGGUGACAGCGAUAUGGAGGAGCGGGAGUUCUACGCAGCACGGCCCAGCCACAGACAUCGGCCGCUGUCAUGCCAAGCGGAGUGGCAAUGGGCAGAACAAAGAGCAGCCUUAGGCAGUCGAUGGGCAUGGCUCCAGGCCCAAGUGUCUGACUUGGAAUAUCGUAUUCGCCAGCAAACGGAGCUCUGCAGGCACACCCGCACCAGCAAGGUGCCCGUGGUCCUGGGUGAGGCUCCAUCCUCCGAUGAACUGUGCCACACGCCGCCCCAUCUUCCCAGUGCCCUUCAUCUCAUACAUGGCCUCAAUCACCAGACUUCUCAUUCAGUCCAUUCACUGGACAGUGUGUUUUCAUCCAGCUGCUCAGGGACUACCUUUGCCUCCUCCAGGACUCCUGUACCUCCUUGUCCACCAAAUGGAGCCCUGCACAGCUCCCUUUCGUAUUCCCCAGAACAGUGGGAUGUUACAUCAGAUGUUCUCAGGAAGAAGCAGCAGUGGCCGGAAAUCCAAGUUGCUAACCCUUCUGCCCUUGACAGCAGCUGUGUGGCAGCUAGAGUUCGACCCCUGUGGCGGCACCAACGCCGCAAACUGGUUCGUGUUGGAGCAACCCCCCAUCUUCGUGCCAAGUCAGUAUCACUGCAGUGCAACUGUGAACCACCCUCAGUGUGUAUUGGUUGGGGUGAGCGUAGCCUGUCCUUGCAAACCUCCGACCAGAAGUCUCGGAGUAUUAAAGAGCGAGCAGCUUCCCUUGAUCCUUCCUUCCACCCUGUGCUAUCAUUUUCCAAUGAUUGCCCUCUGCACUUGCUUUUGGAAGGUCGUACACAAGACACCAGUCAUACUGCAAAAUCUCUCCUUGGGGAACAGAGUGCACGGCUUCACCGACAUAAGGAAGAAGGGCAGUGGCAUCAAAAACAUGGGGGUGUCCGUCUUUCUCAGCUCAAAAAGAAAGUCUCCGAAUCCAUUCGGUCCAGCUGCCAUAGAACCACCCCCUCCAUCCCUUCAUCUGCCAAGCUGCCUCACAGUAAGAACAACUCUGAGCAUCCUCUCCGGCAUCGCUUGGACAGCUGGCAGCCCACCUUAGACUUCCAGACCAACCUCACCAUGGAGAGGAACGUUACUCCUGUUCGGAAGAUACAUUCCACCCCACUCCCUUCCAGUUGUGUGAGUCGCACAGACAAGCUGCAGAGGGGCACUGGGAGCCUCAGUCCUUACAUUCCCAAAUCCUCUCCUGAAGUGCCACAGCCUGCAGCAGUUGCCUUUGGGGAUCCAGUGAUGAGUUCUCCAUCUGCUGCGUCUUCUCAGCCAAACCGAAGGAGGAGAGUGGAGAAUUCAUUUGAUAUUAAUAACAUCGUUAUACCAAUGUCAAUGGCAGGCGGAGCUAGAUUUGAGAAGUUGCAGUACAAAGAGAUCCUAACACCCAGUUGGAGACACUUGAACUGUGAUAAUGUACUGCCACCAGACACUUAUGUGGAAAAAGAGGAUGAAUACCCAGAGACGGAUGAGGUGGAAGAUACUGCAGAUGAGGCCUACUUAAGCCGGCACCAACCAUGUGAAGAGCGGGAGAAAAGCCGGUGGAGCAGCUGGGCCCUGAGUUCCUCACAACGCAGAGGUGGCCGGUCCUCUAACAAGGGUGAAGGUCGACUCACACCACAGCCGCAACUGCUAAAUGCAGGUCCAACACACCCUGUUUCUCCACCUGAGAUGACUUCUGUUCUUCUAAGUGAUUCACCCUACUUGUGUUCUCAGAGCCCUCCUGAUACCAGGGAUCAGCGGAGCAGAGGACUUUCAUUUAGUGAGGACACAAUGUCAUCCAUACCAGAUGAGGAGGUUCUAACAGUACUACCAUGGGAGCCUCGCUCUUUUCCCCUGUCUGAAGAAGAGUUAAAAUUGGUGCAAAAUCAGGUGGAGGAAAUGACAUUUCAUGAGCUCUGGUGGCAUCAAAGGACAAACUGUGACAGCUCAGGGAGCUCGGGUGGCAGCUACUUGAACAACUUGCAUAAGAGCCAGACAGAAGCUACUGACUCAGGGAUAUCGCUGGUGAGCGCAGAUCCUACAGCCACCCCACCCAGCCCUUCUGUGUCACGGUGCGGCCUGCACAGUGUUGUGCUGCACCUUAAUGCCAGUGCGCUUUCAGACCUGCCUCCAGAGCCUGCUGUGCCUCAGAGCAGCGUGGACCUAGGGUGCUGUGCCACGCCACUGGCCGCUUCACCGCGGUCUUUACUCAACCCUGAAGAAAUGACAGCCCAGGACAGAUGAGGCCCGCUCACACAUGUGUUCUGUUCUAGCUGCUUUGUAUGUGUUUGAUAUUCAAACAACUACUGUAUCAUGAGGGAGACGUGUGAAAAUUACACAUAAAGCUAUAUACCCAG